CGCUGUUCCUCAUCUCCUUUCUUCAUUUUCCCCAGUCGCCUCUGCUUCAGACUACCAAAUCCACCAUGACGCACAUCCCAGCUCUCUCUCGUCUACUCUACGCCUCGCCAGCCGCCGGACAUCUGCACCCAAAGCCAACCCACAGCCCCAACGUCCACCCCACAGCGCGAGCGACCACGACGGGGGGCGCUCCUGCUGCUGCGACCCGGGGCGAUGCGCAGGGGUCAUGGCGCGACGGUGGAUGAGGGUGCUCGUGGCCAUGAUUUUUGCUGGAACCGGCUCCGCAGUUGCUGCAACCGGCAAGACGACGUGCACAUUGGAGCUGGAGUUGGAGCGCGCUCACCGGCGAUGUGGUUUUCGCUGGAACCGGCUAGUUACUUUGCUACAAUCAGACUUUGGGGAUUUUUGCUGCUAUGUUUAUUUUUGCUGGAACUAGUGUCAAUUUUUGUUGGAACCGGCUAUUCAUUUGCUACAAGCGGAUUUUCUGAUUUUUUGCUGCUAUGGUUGAUUUGCUGGAACCGGGCAGCGGGGAUGGUGACCAUGCUGGAACCGGGCAACGGGGAUGCUGGAACCAUCGGUAGCUUUUGCUUCUACCAGCAGCAAUUGAAACAGCAAUUGAAUCAUCGCGGGGCAAGCGGCCACGGCGUGCUCCGCCUGCGAGCCGGCGGGCAGCCGCGGUGAGCCGGUGAGCGGUGGCGGUGAGCCGGCGAACAACGGGGUGUGGGCUACGCGCAAACCACCGUAAAGGAUAUGAUGGAUCUGAAGCGAGGAAGAACGGGACGCGCGUGGGGAUAGCUCGCUGAAUCAUGCGGUCCUAGGGACACUAAUCGUGCGGCUGCGCGGGGACCGGCCGAAACGUUUGGACCGGUGCGCCGGCGCCUAGCGCUGGCCCUCUGUGAAGCGGCCAGAAAGGAGUGGAGCGGCAUGCAGUUAUAAUUUGGGGAGCGGAGUGGCGGCCCCGCAUACAAAGAACCUUUGAAGUUCGUUGAUAAUUACCCACAUUUACCACAAUUUACCGGUUCGCUGCGGUCACGAGUCGCAAAACAGAGCCAAGCUCGUUCCGUUGUUCUGAGGACAUGAGAAGUUGGGAGUUGACAACCGAAUGUAUUUCUUUCUAGAUUCUGAAAUGGGCAGAGAAGUAGGGAGUUCAAAAGUGAGAAGUGGAGUUGAGAAUUCGGACGAGUGAAGAGUUGUCGAACAGGGUCAUACUAUCCAGCACAUGCACAUCGGCACCAGGAUAGUGUGCAUGUUGCGUACGUUGUUGCACUAUUGGCACGUACGCUUCCAUUUAUGUAGGCACAUCCUGAUAUGCUUAAUUCUA